GCGGAGGUGGGGUGAGCCUGGAGAAAAGGAGGCUCUGGAGGGACCUUCUGGCUCUGCACAACUCGCUGACAGGAGGGGACAGCCGGGGGAAAUAUGGCUCUGCUCCCAGGGAAUAAGGGGCAGGAUGUGAGGAGCGGCCUCAAGGUGUGCCAGGGGAGGGUCAGGUUGGAUAUCAGCAGAAAUUUCAUCACAAAAGGUUUGUCAAGAUUGGAAGGGGCUGCUGAGGGAAGUUUGGAGUCGCCAUCCCUAGGCAUGGCACUCAGUGCUCUGGGCUGGGGGACAAGGUGGGGAUUGGGCACAGCUUGGACUUGAUGAUCUUGGAGGUCUUUUCCAACCUGAAUGCUUCUGGGAUUCUGUUACUUGAGCCAUAGGCUAAACACAGAAUAAGGGGGGUGAAGGGACACAGGCAGAAAUCCAUGGGAAGUUGGGUUGCAGAAAUUGGUCCUGUGGGUUAUUCUUACUUCAGUGAUAAUUAAUUUAUCUACCCCUCCCCACCUGUGCAUCUCACUCUUCUCAGUGCUCUGUUAAGUCAUAGGAAUGUGAAAAGAAGUUCACUAAAACUUGAUUUCAAGUAAUUGAAACAAGCAGGUUUUCCAUUUUCAGUUUGUUUAUUUAUUUGUCUAUUUAUUUAUUUAUCAAAGUGAAAAGAACAAAUUCUUCCCUGAAAUCCUAAUGGGUAGAAGUGUGAGUUUUACUGACUCUAUUUUGGGAUAAUUUUGCAAAUGAAUGCUUUGGUACCAAAUGCAAUAAGAUGCACUCAGACUCUGGUGACUCUUAAUUGUCACCAUUGUGUUUGUCCCAGCUUCAUGACAAUCUCUAUACUCAAAGUAGCAUUUAUAUAUAUAUUUAUGCUAAUGUAUUUAUUGCCAUGCCAAGUAGUUUGAAGUGAACAAGUAGUUAUUUAUAUCUGAAUGUGUGAUAGUUGAAAUCAAAGUGUGAAAUAAGUGUGUGUGGAGAAGGAACGGUGGUCAGAUAAUUUCUGAGAACCUCAAAUUUAAAAUAUAGUUACUCGAGGAUUAUGCUGGAGGUGAGCAGUGAACUGUCUGGAGUGAGAUUUUCUAACAGAAAAGAGACCUCUUUGCUGUUUUGUCUUGCGAAACUAGAUGCUUCUAAAUGCCAGGCUUGUCCCAAAACACAUUUUCCAGUAUUUCCUACAAUGUUUGAAGUUGUAGCAUCUACUUUCUUAGCAGAUCUGCCUACUAUUCAAUUUCUACAUUAAACCAAAAGACUUUAAUACUCUCGUGUUGUGGCGGUGUUUGGGAAUGUCUAGCAUAGAAAAAUGCAUUAAUUUUAAGACCUUAUCAUAAAAAAGAGAAGAAAAAAAUUUAGUCCAGAAUGUGCUAUUCUGGGGCCUUCAUUGGCUGUCUAGGGAAUCUAAAAUCUUAAUUGAGGGAUCACAUUGGAAGGGCAAAGUUAUAGAGUUAUAGAACUGGCAGACUGUAUUAAAAUAAUACUGACAUUUGUUUUCCUCUCCCUUAUUGCAAACAUGAAAUUCAAUGGCAAAAAUGGAAAGUCAAAGAAAGGAAAGGAAGCGAGGCUGAAAGCUGAAGCCCUAUUACGAGCUCAACAAGAAGAAGAAGAAAGACUUGAAAGGGAGAGACUGUAUCAAGAGCGCUUGGAAAAGCUUGAGGCAAAGUAUCAAGGAGAAAGGCAGUCUGAACUAGCAGAACUUCAUUCACUGCAACAGAAGUUUCUUUCUGCACAGCAGUGGAAAAUGGAUUACAGAAAACAAGCCAAGUGGGAGCACUACCUCAGCUGUGAUGGGACUCCUGACCCCACUGUACCUCAGGAGAUCAACACUUUCAUGAGCUUGUGGCGUGAUGACCAAGAUGUGGAUGUUCAGCUUGUGAUGGAGAAGAAGGAAGUGGUGCUAAAUUUGAUUGAGAAGUUGGAGUUUCUUCUGUUGGAGGCAGCACCAGAAGAGAUCACAGACACACAACGAGACCAGUACCAGGAAGUUAUUCUUCAGCUGCAGGAUCUGCUUCACCAGAAGUACAAUGAUGCUACCCAGAACCUGCUCAAAAUAGCUAGUAUGUAUGAAGAUUCUGAAACUGGGAAUAUGCACACAGUCCUAAAGGAUAAAAACGUUACUUUCUGUAUUUGGGCCAAUCUGAAGAAGAAAGUAAGGUUCAAGGACCACGUGUUCCAGGAUGCAGGGCACGGCUUUGAGCUGCCCUUAUCCCUGGCUCUGAGCAGUGUGGCAGUUCGCGUGCUGCACACCAGCUACGACCACCUGUCUCCCCUGUGGGUGCAGUGCCAAGGGCUGCCAAGGCCAGGGGCCUCAGACAGCAUGGAGUUAGCUGAGCAUCCAGAAGACAUUGGGCAAGAACCAGGAGAAGAGGAGGAGAAAGGCAGGGAAGAGCCCAGUGUGCCUGCUGCAGAAGAAAUGGGUUCUAAGGGAAGAAAGGAGAGUUCUGCCUCACUGAAAGGGACCAGCAAUAACACAGAUGAGAAAAAAGAGACAGAGGAGGAAACUGAGAAGAAUUCAGACAUUUUGGAUGCACAAUCACAAGAAGAGGAGGCUCUGCUGCAGGAGGAGCCAGGAGGCAGAGAAGAGGCAGCACAAGUUGUGGAUUUGGAGCAGCUGGUGCCCGUGGGGGGUGUGUACCACAUCUCUGCCCUGCAGCUGCCACCCCAGGCCCAGGACGUCGGGGACUGGACCAUGGUGGAGCUGCUGGAUGUUGGAUUAGAGGUGUAUCCAUAUUCCCCAGGACAGGCUGAAGAUGGCACACAGGAAGCAGUACAGAUAACCCUGGGGCUCCCUGAUAAUGUGAUUUAUUUUAAAGUGCCUGUGGUAGCCCGAUGGGAUCCUGCAGGCCAGUGGUGGAGAACUGAUGGCAUCAGCAAGAUAACCUAUGAAGCAGAAGAAAAGAGCAUCACCUUUAGUAUGGGUGACUUUCAUACAGUAGCUCUUCUUCAGGAUGCUCACCUGAACCUGCCCUAUCAGGCCUGGGAAUUGCACCCUACUGGUGUGGAUGAAGGACUCUUCACAGUUACUGCAGUCUUUGCAACCAUUCAGAUACGAAUUAAGGAUAAUCAGUGUAUGUUGUCUUCAGUAGUGGUGGAAGAGGAGGAGGUGCUUUCCCACAUGACAGGAAAAUGGAUGAGUCCUUUUGCCCUCAGAGCAGCUUUGAAAAGAGCUGGAGUGAACAUUUUCCCAGCAGAGUACUCUCCCAAGUAUGUCCCUGUGCCCAGGAAGGCUGCCCUGGCAGAAGUGAAGGCCUAUGAACAGAUGGCUCUGCUUGCAGCUGCUUUUGCUUUUGCUCACAGCAAGUGGAAUGGAGAAGCAGGGCCAGAGCAAGUUGUGUUCAAGGUGAGUGAACAUCUCACUGCAGGUUCUGCCAAAGGCAACCACUGGUAUCUUUUGAUGUUCAAUGGUGAGAAAGUGCAACACCUCCAGCUCACUGAAACCAGUGAAGCUUUUUCAGAAAAGCUGGAAGACGAGUCUGAAUUUCACUCCACACUCUACCAUAUGCUCAAGGAUUCUGCUAGCAACGAAGCAAUGGAUAAAGUGGAAAGAGCUGGCUUCCUGUUCAUUGAUUCUGUGUAUCAGCUGCUCCUUGCUACCAGAGUCUUAGCAUACUGUUAGAUACUGCCUGCUUUCCUUCAAAACUUUAUUAUCAAAAGCUUUCAAUAAAGUUACAUUUCAAGUCUUAAAUCCUUUUCUAUUCAAAACAUUGAAACAGGUUCUAAAAUGCAAACAUUUUAUCUUUGUUCAAGCAAAAUAAAUUCUUUAUUCACUUGUGGCUAGACCACUUAGACGUGUUUUGUAGAACAAAAUGGAAUGGUGGAAAGAGGGAAUUAACAGAAGAAGAACUGCAACAAAACACAACUGGUGACCAAUGCCAAGUCUCCCUUACAAGCUUGUCACAAAAGCAUUUAUAUAUAGUAUAUUUUAUAUAGUAUUUUUCCAUCUAGGACUGGUUUGCAACAAUGCAUAAAACCAGGACACAUUGCAGUGUAGCUGAUGUCACAAAUUGUUACAAAUGAGGAACCAUAAGAGGGGACAGAACUACACCUCUAAACCCUUCCCUGCACUAACUGAAGUAUCUGCAUCCAUCCUCAGAUGUCUGAAUAUGCAGCUCAGACCCUGGAGGAGCAUCUCUUCUGCAAGUUUGGAUGCUGUUUCUGUAUCAUAACCCCAAAAAGUUGAUCUUAAUCACUGAUUAUUUAUAAGAAAUUUAUGUGUACAGUCAAAUGAAGAAUGCUUUGAAAGGCAAAAACUGUUACCUGUAAUUAGGGAAAGCCAAAGCAUGCCCUGAGCACUACACUUUUUUGUUACAUUACCAAAAUCAUCUCUGUAGGGUGGGAGAGGAAAGCAAAUCUUUUACUGCAAAGCUGUAGAACAAGUGCUCAUCUUCGAACUCUCUUAAAAAAUAAAGGCAAUUUUUGGAUGAAUAAAUUUAACCAAUAAAUCUAAACCCAACAACCACAAGAACAGGUUAUCAGAAGUGGGAAUUAGGUAAGAGGCAGGUAGAAAUUAAAUCCUAAAUACAGCUGCAUUGUUAACUGUAUUUAACACAGUAUCUCAGUUCAGUAGUUUAUUUUCUACCCCAACUUAAGUGUUUAGAUUCCUAAAUCACUACAGCAAUUUAAUAAGAAAGCAAGUUUAACUACCUGAAACUAAAGGCUGAUUUUACCAAAGCAGUGAAUAGACAAAAUACAGAUGACAAUAUUUAGAAAGCUGGGUACUGAUGGCUACACAUAGAAACUGAAUUCAAAACUGAGUUUAUAUCAAUUGGUUUUAUUAGAUAUCAGCAGUUUACAAAUUUGAAUUAAGAAAAUUAUAGAACAAAAUUAAUUUGAAUUCAUUCUUGGCUGAAAAGUUUCUUCUUUAAUGUCAUAAUCAUUUUUAUGCAGGAUGUCAUCAGCAAUAAAUUCUAGACUGUCUAA